AUGGUUGACAUUGAUAGUACAUUUAAAGUAUAUCGUCCAAGUCUUGUGGGACCGGAGGAUAUAAGUCAGCAGAUGACUAUCCAUGAUUUUUUCGCCGGGAUUUCUGGUGUAAGGCAUAUGAUCAUCUCUAGGUCUACUCUUCAGGUCCUCUGCCAAUUGGUAAGGAUUCCCAAAUUCGAAUACUUGCAUCGUUUGCAGGCUAGGUUCUCUUGCAACAAAUUACAAUUGUUGCCAAAGCUUCUUCAUAGCUGCAUAAAUCUAAAAGACCUCAUCGUGGACUUUGAUACUGUUGACAAGGUUCCAAUGGGAAUUAAACUUAUCUAUGUGCCUCGGUGUUUGAUAAAGACUCUGGAGUGUGUUGAGAUUAACGAACUGGAAUGGAACGAGGAAUCUGGGAUGAAACUAGUGAAUUAUUUUGUUGAGAAUGCAGUUAUACUCAAGAAACUUACUGUGCGGUUCAUUGACUCUCCUGUGAGCAACCAAGAGCGAGAGGUCUACAGGGAACUUCUUACCACCAAAAAGCGUUCUCCCAGAUGUCAAGUUUCGAUUUAUUGA